CGGGCGCGCGGCGCAACCUCCUGUGCUGGAAUGUGCGGCUCCCGCGAGCUCCGGGCGCCCGAGCCGAGCGAGCGCCGCCGAGGCCCCGGGCCCCAGACCCCGGCGGCGGGGGCGGUGGCCGGGACGGCGGGGCGGGAGCCCGAGGCCUGAGGCCUCUGCAGACCCCCUCUCGGGGCUCGGCGGGCCUCGACGGCCCCGGGCCCAACUUUUCCUCCCUCCCCUCCCCCGAAAGUCCGGCAACAAAGAAAAGGAGUCGGAGCAGGAGCCGCGCCGCCGGGGCUUCGCCCCUCCUCGCCCAAGAAGGCCGAGCAGAGCAAUGGCCACGCAGGUGAUGGGGCAGUCCCCUGGCGGCGGAGGGCUCUUCCCGGGCAGCGGCGCCGUGGGCAUGGCCUUGCCUAACGACAUGUAUGACUUGCCUGAUCUCUCGCGAGCGGAGCUGGCCGCGCCUCAGCUCAUCAUGCUGGCCAACGUGGCCUUGACCGGGGAGGUCAGCGGCGGCUGCUGUGAUUACCUGGUUGGCGAAGAAAGACAGAUGGCGGAAUUGAUGCCGGUCGGGGACAACAGCUUCUCGGAGAGUGACGGAGAAGGACUGGAGGAGUCCCCUGAUGUCAGAGGCGAAGCCAGGGGACUGGAAAGCAUGGAGCUGGAGGGCUUGGAACCCGGGGUCGUCGAACCGGGACCCGAAUGUGCGGGAUCCGCUGCCCCAGAAGCUUACAGCUCCAGGAGCGAGCUUCCUCCAGAGGCACCUGUCACAGAGGACAGAUGCAAGAGCUUGAGGACCAAGCCCUUUCGCUGUAAACCCUGCCAGUACGAGGCGGAGUCUGAGGAGCAGUUUGUGCAUCACAUCCGUGUGCACAGUGCCAAGAAGUUUUUUGUGGAGGAGAGUGCAGAGAAGCAGGCCAGAGCCCGGGAGGCCGGCUCCGCAGCUGCGGAGGAGGGGGACUUUUCCAAGGGUCCCAUCCGCUGUGACCGCUGUGGCUACAACACCAACCGCUACGACCACUACGCGGCCCACCUGAAGCACCACACCAGGGCCGGGGAGAACGAGCGCGUCUACAGGUGCAUCAUCUGCACCUAUACCACGGUGAGCGAGUACCACUGGCGGAAACACCUGAGGAACCAUUUUCCACGGAAGGUGUACACGUGCGGAAAGUGCAACUACUUUUCAGACCGAAAGAACAACUAUGUUCAGCACGUGCGAACUCACACAGGAGAACGUCCGUAUAAAUGUGAACUUUGUCCUUACUCAAGUUCUCAGAAGACUCACCUAACCAGACACAUGCGUACUCACUCAGGUGAGAAGCCAUUUAAGUGCGACCAGUGCAGUUACGUGGCCUCUAAUCAACACGAAGUAACCCGCCACGCGAGACAGGUGCACAACGGGCCUAAACCGCUGAGCUGCCCGCACUGUGACUACAAGACAGCAGACAGAAGUAACUUCAAGAAGCACGUCGAGCUGCAUGUCAAUCCACGGCAGUUCAACUGCCCGGUGUGCGACUACGCAGCUUCCAAGAAGUGUAAUCUGCAGUAUCAUUUCAAGUCGAAGCAUCCCACCUGCCCCAGUAAAACGAUGGAUGUCUCAAAGGUGAAACUGAAGAAAACCAAAAAGCGAGAGGCCGACUUGCCUGAUGACAAAAUCACCAGCGAGAAAACAGAAACGGAGCAGGCAAAAAUAAAGGGGGACGUGGCUGGGAAGAAAAACGAGAAGUCUGUAAGAGUGGAGAGAAAAGAGAAUGUUUCAAAAGAGAAAAAGCCUUGUAGUAACGCCUCCAGCCAGGUGACUACCAGAACUCGCAAAUCAGCCAUGGACGCUAAAGAUGUGGAAGCCCACCCAGGAAAUCGUUCAGAAGCAACUUGCACCACCAAGAAGAGCAAGAGGAAGGUGGGCGCUGAAGCCCGUCCCUUACAAGAGCCUGUUCCGGAUGAGGAACCUGCGCCAAAAAAGAAGAAGAAGGCAGAGAGCAAAUCCAGAAGUGGCCAGGAAACACCAAAGGGUGACAGCAGAGUCGAGAAUAAGAAGCAAAGUAUUUGCAUGAAGAAGAGCACAAAGAAGAAAACUCUGAAACAUAAAUCCUCUAGAAAAAGCAGCAAGGCCGCUCAGAAGGGUACUGUCCAGCAGAAACCUGCUCAGACAGAGCCUCCUCAGGUGGGGCCUGCACUGCCAGACCCGCCUCCCCCUCCUCCCUCUGUGGGGCCUGGCGAGGUCAUUCAGGUGACACCUGCUGAGGUAGAGGUUGCUGGCACGGGGCCUCCCCCUGCGCCCCCUCCUCCUCCUCCUGCGGGGCCUGCGGGGGUCGUUCAGGUGACACCUUCGGAGGUAGAGGUCAUUCAGGUGGCACCUGCAGAGGUAGAGGUUGUUCAGGUGGCACCUGCGGAGGUUGAGGUUGUUCAGGUGGGGCCUGAGGAGAAGGAGCCUCCCCCUCCUCCCGUGGAGCCUGCGAAGGUUGUUGAGGUGGUACCGGCGGAGGUAGAGUUUGUUCAGGUGGCACCUGCGGAGGUGGAGGUCGCUCGGCCUGAUGAGAUGGAGCCUCCUCCUCCUCCCCCUCCCCCCGUGGGGCCUUUGGAGGUUGUUCACGCCUCACCUGCUGAGGUUCAGGUGACAGCUGCAGAGGUUGCUCGCCUGGGGCCUGAUGAGAAGGAGCCGCCGCCUCCUGUGGAGCCGAUCCCCAAAAGGUCUCCUCGAAAAGAGAGUGACCGGGAAAAGCCCGACCCGCGGAGGGCCGUGACCCAGGAGGCACAGGUGCUUGUUGAAGGUGGCCCGGUGCCGGUUCAGGAUGGGGCCUGUGGGCAGGACCUGUCACCACCUCCACCUCUGCCGGGGGAACUCCCGAAAGAAGAGGCGUCCGGAGACCGAAACGUUGUCCCUGCAGGCGGAGGCGGUCAGGAAGCCCGUCUCGGGACUGUGGAGGCAGAGGAGGCCGAGGAGGCCGUGGAGGGUCCAGCUGGUCUUGGCGCCGCCAUCGAGCUGUCUGCUCAGGUUCCAUCCUCCGAACACAAGCCGAGGGAGCCCGAACGUGAGCCUCCGGAGGGCGCACGGGUGGCGAUGGACAGCGACGGGGACAAGGCGGAGAGCGCCCCUGGCAGAGACCCAGCCUCCCGAGGACCCGCGGCUCCCGGGGCGUCCCCUCCGGUCACCACGGCCGCAGGUGGGGCUCCGGACGUGGAGGAAGAUGAAGGCAUCCACAGUCACGACGGAAGCGACCUGAGCGACAACGUGUCCGAGGACAGCGACGACUCAGGGUUGAACGGGGCUCGGCCGGCCCCACAGGAGACCCGCGGGAAGAGCGGCAAGGAUGCAUCGGCGGCGGGCGGGUUCGUGUGCAUCUUCUGUGACCGCGCGUUCCGGAAGGAGAGGGACUACAGCAGGCACCUGCAUCGCCACCUGGUUAACGUCUACUUCCUCGAAAAGGCGGCGCAAGGGCAGGAGUGACGCGGCGCGGGCGGGUUCAGCUUGAGGUCUGGAGGGUCCCCGUGGCGUUGUGUGGUCAUCUCUGGGGCGGCCCGCCCCUGGUCCGUCAUGUUGCUUUAUUGGGUGUUGGUCUGGGUUUGUAAGCGGCGGGGCCGGCAUGUGUAGCUAUGAAGCGGGUCUGAGGGCGUGCACUGCAGCAGCAGGCGGGGAGGUCUGUUGGUUCCUGCACGGAAUUGAACCCUUGGGGCCCAGGUGGCGUCAGAGCGGGCUGCGGCUUUGUCCAGCUCCGACUUGGCGGUGUCUCCCCGCGCCUGUCUUCCUGUCUCACUUGAGUGUAUUCCUAGUUCCUCUUUUGCCCUAGCAAAAUUGGCAUACUUCGGUAGCAAAUUACCUGAAGAAUUUACCUGCUUUAUUUAAAGUUAGCACUUUAAAGAAUUUUUGAGAUGAGAAGAGACAUUUAAAUUGAAGAGAAAUUGUGCCAACAGUGCACGUUGUACUAGUCCAGGUAUUUUACUUCCUGAGUUUUGAUCAAUACAAAUUUCUUUGUGUAUGUUAAUUGUCAUAAAAAAUAUUUGAUUUUGGUGUGUUUUUUUAUUUCGGUGCUUUAAUGGCUUAAGAUGUUGCACUUUUUUUUUUUAAAUCUAUGCAGUUACAAUUUUUUCUAGAAGUAGCAUUUGUGUCAAACAGUAACACUUUAUAUAUAUGUUUGCAUUUUAUUUUUUCCUCAUAGGAGGAUACUUUUAAUCUUGUUUGCAAAAGGCAGCUUUCUUCUUUGGCUGCAGUUGUCUUUUCUGCAGAAUAUUAGUGUGUGCAGAUUUGUGAGCAGAUGAAACAAGUUCAGUUCAUUGAUUUGGCUAGUCAUAUCUAUGCCAGAAUCUGCAUCUAAGUUAUUUUUUUUUAAUGGAUAUAUUGAAUUGACAGCACCCAGUUCGAACUUUACAAUAAAUAAACCACUUAGUUUAUAGUGAAUGGAUUUGUAUCUCAACUACCAAACAUAAGUAAAAUUUUUUGGUCUAUUGUAUACUAUCAUACCUUUGAGGAACUUUUUUUUUUUUUUUUUGUAGAUGGUAUUUAUAGAUCUACUCUUCUGAAUAAAGAACUUUAGUUUUAUUUGGAAACUGCAAAUCUGGAAUCAGGAGGCAGAAGUGCUCCUUCACAUUAUACAGAAUAUCAGUGUGUGAGAUUCCAAAGCCAUAGCAAUGACACAGAAAACUUAGGAAGAGAAGGUAGCAUGGAUGCUGGUAGACCUGCUGCUGCUUCCUGUGAAUUCGGUGAAAAAGGCUGGUGAAAGUUCAGUUCAGUUCAUAUUUUUAAAAAUCACACUUUCUCAGGGAUCUCCACCAACUAAUGCGUGUCCUGGCUGUUCCUGUGACAGCCUUUUUCUUCAGACAAGGCCUCAGUUGAGUUGCAGCUGCUUUGGUGUUCCUAUGGGGCACUGUGUUUAGAAGAGUAUGUACCCCAGAUUUGUUGGUAGAUUCUUUGGCCAGUUGCCGAAGAAUAUGAAAGAAUCCAAGAUUUUUUUACUGUUGAUUGUUGAUAACAGUUACUGAUUGUAGUCUAAUUAUGUGUGAUCCCAGUAGGGAACCUCGAACAGUUCCUAUCCCCUCAAGUUCUGUUCUGAAAUAACCACUUUAUGUUUCAUUCAUUUCUUUUUGUCUGAUGAUGUCUGAGGCAGGUUUUAGAGUUUGGCAGUGCAACACGAAAGAUCAGGAAAAUAUUGAAUUGUGGGUGAAAAACUUGUUAAAAAUCUGAGAAGUUGAUGUUAAAACACAUUUGAGCUUGGAAUUGACUGGAAGGCCAAAGAUUUCAAGAAGCAGAAGAUUGUCUCAAUACGUGAGGAGUAAAUUGUGUGUUACUGGUGUGUGUUUUGUGUGAGUGAUGGGGAUUUAUAAAUGGUGUGAAUUCUUAGCUCCGACAAUCAGUGUCAACAAACACAUCAAGCUGCAAAUAUUUAUGUUUUAAAUCUUAAAUUAUAAGGCUAGUUAAAUCUUUCUAACAGCUAGUUUUAAUGUUUAUAGGUACAUUUUAUGUAAGUUUCCUAUUACAGUGUAUAUGAAAAGAUUCUUGUUCUGUACGAACUACAGAUUGGGAAUCAGUUUGGGGAAGGGGUUUUGUGGAUUCUUUGAUACUUCGAAAGAAAAAAAUUUGACUUCUGGGGAAUUUGGAUUAAUUUUCUUACCUAGAUUUUAAGAGUAGAAUGCCAAAAGUAUGAAGGAAAUUAAAACCCCUUAUUAUUAAAGUGAUCUGUGAAACCAUUGUUGCUGGAAAUUGAGUAGAUUUUGAGGCCUUUCUUCCAGAAAACAAGGACUCAAUUGUCAGAACCUAUAUUAGGUUCCUAACUUUAAUGCCAUGUAUUUGUACUUACUAAAAUUGUUACAUUGAAAAGUAUAUUAGAAAUAUGAACUUCUAGUCUAGUUGGAAGUUCUUCCAUUUUAAAAAUGUGAUAUAUGCAUGGGACUGUUUGAAUCUUUUUGUUUUCUCAGUUUCCCCUCCACUGGAUAGGAUUGAAGCUAGAAUUUUCCCUUUCGAUAAGUAAAAAGUGAACAUGUUAUUUGUGAAUUGAUGUUUAGUGUUAGAGUUGGAAGUAUUUAGAAUAUAUUUUAAGCCUAUUCCUCGGUAGCCUUAUAAAAAGAUAUCUCUUAAGUAUCUUUUGCACCUAUAUUCACAUUGGUUUUCAAGAUAUUUUAAGUUAUAUUUUUUUCCUCUUUUCAGAGUUGCUUCUCUGGGAUUGCUUUUUUUUUUUUUCAAUUGAGGUAUAAUUCACAAAGGGCUGCAUUUUUUUUGUUGUCAUUGUUAAGAUUUCUUAUAACUAUGGCAAGAUGUUUUACUCUAGUCUUCCAAGAAGGGCCAUUUUUAGUUUUUAGUCACUUCUAAAGUCACAUGGUCUUUAACUUAGGGGACUAUUUUGCAUUUGAUUGCUGAUUCCGAUUUAAGCUUAAGUCAUCAUGUACAUGUCACUCAUGAAUGUUGAUCAUGGAAGGACUGCCUUUCCUGCGGUUUCGGUUCUGGACUGAAAAGAUGGGGGAGAAACUUCAUUUUCUGUUCUGCGCUAAUCAGAAAAACAGCUCCUCCUCAGUGUCCUUGCUGACUGGAUUGAUGGCGUUAAUUCCAAUUUAAGAAAGUAUCUGAAUCUUGGUUUGAGUAGAUUUGGGAUCUACAUGCACUAUGGACUAGAUCGGAUAGCUUCUACUUUUUCACACGUAUACAUCGGCUCUCCCCACUUUCCUCAAUAUCCAUUAGUUCUUGAACUUGGUAAACUGGCAUUGAAACAGUACAACAAUGUUUUGUUGCACCAAUUUUAUGAACUUUUACAGUGCAAUACGUAUUAUUUUUCAGAGACAAACCAAAGGUUAAUUUCUUAAGGUUCUUGCUGUUUGUUUUCACAGCAUUUGAUGGAAGAUCUUUUAUAUGCAUUUGUAUUAGGUGAAAAAUAAACAAGAUUGCAAAUCUUUUUUUUUCUUUUUAAAAGCAAACCAUGUACCAAGUUUUUGGUCCAAAUUAUGUAGGAUAAGUUAAAUUUAAAUUGCAUUCUAUUAACCAAUAUGAGUGUAUUUCUGUAAGUAUAGUUAUGUUGAAAUAAAGUUUUCAAAAAGCA